AGGGAGGGCAGGACGGAGGGAGGGAGUCGCUCCGCCGCUCCCCGACGGCCGCAUUCAGGCAGCCUCCGCCGGCGGGAGCGAGCGCGCCCGGCAGCGCGGCGAUGGAGGGGCCGGGGGGCUUCCGAGGGGGCUGAUUCCGCCCGUGAGGCCGGGGGGGCCGUCCGUCUGUCCGGCCGGGCUGCGGGGCGCUUCGGCUCCGCCCCGACGGCGCCCACCGGGACCCUGCAAGCGGCGCCGCGGGGACGGCGGCGAGGUCCCCGGCGGCCCCGACGGCUCCGGUCGCACUCCGCCGCCCGCCGCGCCCCCUCGGCCGCCCUCGCUGUUUGUUUUAGUUACGAAAUUGCUGUAGGAACUCGGGCAGAGCCGCGGGAGGGGCCCCGCGGCCGAGCCGGAGCCGCAGCCGGAGCCGGAGCCGAGCGGCGGCUCCCGGAGCCCGGACCGAUGGGGCAGCGCCGGGGCGCGGCCGGGCGGGUGGCGGCCUGAGCCCGCUCUCCGCCGAGCAGCCGCGGGGAGAGAAGUAUGCUGGGAGCGGUGAAAAUGGAAGGCCAUGAGCACACGGACUGGAGCAACUACUACGGGGAGCCCGAGAGCUACUCCUCAGUGAGCAACAUGAACGCAGGGCUGGGCAUGAACAGCAUGAACACGUACAUGACCAUGUCGGCCAUGAGCACCACAGCCAACAUGACGGCUGCCACCUCCAUGAACAUGUCCUAUGCCAACACGGGCAUGAGCCCUUCACUCACUGGCAUGUCCCCGGGUGCGGGGGCCAUGCCCGGCAUGGGUUCGGCCGGCGUGGCGGGGAUGGGUGCCCACCUGAGCCCCAGCAUGAGCCCGAUGGGGGGCCAAGCAGGCUCCAUGAACGCCCUGGCCCCCUACACCAACAUGAACUCCAUGAGCCCCAUCUACGGGCAGUCCAACCUCAACCGCUCACGGGACCCCAAGACCUACCGGCGGAGCUACACGCACGCCAAGCCACCCUACUCCUACAUCUCCCUCAUCACCAUGGCCAUCCAGCAAUCACCCAACAAGAUGCUGACGCUGAGCGAGAUCUACCAGUGGAUCAUGGACCUCUUCCCCUUCUACCGCCAGAACCAGCAGCGCUGGCAGAACAGCAUCCGCCACUCGCUCUCCUUCAACGACUGCUUCCUCAAGGUGCCCCGCUCCCCGGACAAGCCGGGCAAAGGCUCCUUCUGGACUCUGCACCCUGAUUCGGGCAACAUGUUUGAGAACGGCUGCUACCUGCGCCGCCAGAAGCGCUUCAAGUGCGAGAAACAGCUGGCCGCCAAGGACAGCGGUGGGGCGGCUGGCGGGGCAGGUGGCGGGGGCAAGAAGGGGCCCGGGCAGCCACCGAGCCAGACCCUGGGGGAAGGCAGCUCCUCGGGUGGCUCCGAGGGCUCAGCUGGCGCCGAAUCCCCCGCCAGCGCCUCGCCGUGCCAGGACCACAAGCGCGCCCUGGCUGACCUGAAGGGCACGGCGGGGCUGAGCCCUGGGGAGCCGGCGGCAUCGCCAGCGCAGCACCUCCUGGCCCCCCCGCACGCUGGCCUGCCCCACGACGCCCACCUCAAGCCCGAGCACCACUACGCCUUCAACCACCCCUUCUCCAUCAACAACCUGAUGUCCUCCUCCGAGCAGCAGCACCACCACCCGCACCACCACCACCACCACCACCACAAAAUGGACCUCAAGGCCUAUGAGCAGGUGAUGCACUACUCAGGCUACGCCUCGCCCAUGCCCGGCAGCCUGGCCAUGGGGCCCGUAACGAACAAAAAUGGCUUAGAGUCCUCCCCUUUAGCCGGAGAGACUUCUUACUACCAAGGUGUGUAUUCCCGGCCCAUCAUGAACUCCUCCUAAAGGGCCGAGGGGAAAGCUCCCCUGGUGAGGGGGGAAAGACCCCACACCCCCGCGCAGUCCCCUAGCAGAGCGAUGGACUAUGAACGCUGUUGAGCACGGUACAUAUACAUAUAUCUAUCUAUCUAUUUUUAUUUUGUUUCCUUGGCUCCAGAUGUUUGCAUCCAUUCGGGAAACAGCAGGCAUGUCUCGCAAGCACCUCAGCCUGCGCUGAGGGCAGGCACGCUGGUCCUCCCCCCCCAGCCCAAAACCACCCAUGCCUGGGGGGCUGCGAUUCCCGUGUUUUGCCUUGUGGGGUGGUUUGUUUCAGUGGGGAGGGGCGGGUUGGGGGUGCGGGGAGGGGAGAGGGGGGUUUCUGUUGGGGCUGUUUUUUUUUUUCGUUGUUGUCGUUGCAAGGAGGUAUAAAUAUAUCUAUUUUUUUUUUGUGUGGAAGUGACGGAAAAAAAAAUACCAAGCAGACAAACAACAAAACGAAACCCUCCUUCAGUGUGAAACCCACGCUAGUUUUGAAUUCAAGGACCAAAAGUCUUGUAACGUUGUAAAAAGGGGGGAAAAAGGGGAGGGAAAAAAAAAUGAAAAAAAAAAAAAAAGAAAAACAUUAAAAAAAAAAGUCAGGAUAGAUCGUUGUAAUUGAAACAAACGCUUGAUGUUACCGGGAGAGUAAACUACUUGGAUCUGAUUAAUUUAUCGUUUCUGUAUGCUUUAUUUAUGGCUUAUAAAUGUGUAUUCUGGUAGCGACUAGCCAGAUUUUCACAGAACUAUAUUAAAGUGUUAUUGGCGGUUUUU